UACAAUGUCUACUCACGCUAAAUCUCUUCUUCCUAUCCUUUUGCACGCUGACAAUUUACCUGUCUACACUUCUCCGUUCCCAACGGUCCAUCCGCUGACUAAGAAGCGGAUUGUCCCAUUCUAUAUCACAUUCAAGGACUUUCAACAUGGUCUGCCACCUGUGGGACUUGUCACUAUGGAUGUCGUGAAGAUGUUGAGCAAAGAAAAGGGAAUAAAAUUGUUUCAGAACGCAAGGGAAGUUAAAAGCUGUUCCCAAGCCGAUAGGGAGGGUAACGGCAAAGCAUGCCCUGACGGCAACUGCAGAAAGAAAGAACAUGAGGGAGGGAAAACGAAGAAAGCAUUCAAACUCACCAUAAAGUCUGUGUACUUUACAGAUGAAGUGAACGCCAAAGGUAAGAAAGGAAGGACCGAGUGUGUGACGAGGAUCCUCAACAGCUGGAGGGCGGAAGGAAAGUUUCCACAAGCCAUGAAACUCUGGAUGGAUGAGAUGUUUCCCAUCUAUGCUUCGCCGAAAUCUUUCAUAUUCAACACCUGCAAACCGGCUGCCCAUGAGCCUUUCAGUAACAUUGCUUUCGAAAUGGAGAGGGCAGGAGUACCCUUGUUUGGAUGCCAAGCUUUUGGUAUCCAUCUCACUGCUUACGAAGGCCAAGGAGAAAACAUGAAGGUUUGGGUCCCCCGUAGAAGUGCUAAUCGCUACAGGUCUCCUCUCAAAUAUGACAGUAGCGUUGCCGGUGGUCUUCCGGUAGGCCAUACCCCAAUACAAGGUCUUGUCAAAGAAUGCGAGGAAGAGGCGGGCUGGCCAGACAAGUUGAUCAGGAAAUAUGCCAGGAGCGCAGGUAUCGUGACAUACUUUGAGAUUAAAGACGAACACAUUUUGCCGAAUGCAGAGUACACGUAUGAUCUUCCUCUCCCCGCUCGAGACUCUUCCGAUUACGUGCUGCCCAAGCCCAAUGACGAUGAAGUGGACUCUUUCGAACUGUUAUCCGUACCACGAGUUACAGAAGCUAUUCGAAAUGGCGAGUUCAAGCCUUCGUCAGCCGUUGUGACAGUCGAUUUUCUGAUAAGACAUGGAUUUGUGUCGCCAGAAAACGAGCCAAACUACGAAGAGGUCGUGAGAAGAUGCCACAGGAGGUGUGGUGUGUCUGGACCAGGGAUCUGAGAAGUUCGAAAUUUAAACUCUCUGCUUUCUUUUCCCUGCAUCUGGUUUGUAG